AAAUGCAUAUAUAUGUGGUGUAUAUACAGUGUAUAGAUAUACACACGAAUCAUAUAGUCUUAGACGUAAUCGGUGUGUCAUAGGGUUGCUUUCUGACUUGUUAAAAAGAACUGGAGUAAGUGCAUACCGCAUAAAAGUAUAAAAAGUCAUAUAAAAUUUGGUUACUACAAAAAAAGUAGUGGCAUAGGGAUGAACAUAGUGAGGAAACCAGCUGAAGCCAGAAGUUUCAGUAGUGUGCCCUGUAUGUGCAUGAAAGUGUCUGUUAGAAGGUAGAUGCUAAUUUAUUAAACAGUGAUAAUUCUGUAAAGUGAAUUCUUAUAAAAAUUCCCACAGGAGGAGGUUGCUCCAGGAAGUGCAGAUGGUUUGUGAAGGCUGUGGUUUCAGGGAGCUGAUUUUUCAUCCUGAAAAGGGGACUUAGGAUGUCUGUGGUACAUCGUCUGACAGCCGGGUGGCUUGUGGAUCAUCUCUCUUUCAUCAACCAGUGUGGCUAUGAGGUCUGUGACUCCUUUGCACACCCUGGUGGUGUCACUUGCAAUACUUGUGUCACAUCUGAUGAAGACUCUCACAGUAUUUCUACUUUUGCUGCCACCCCCUCAUCAAGCAAUGGUCCUCCUUAUGGUCCUGGAGAUGCCAUAGAAGCAGAAGGUAAAAGAGCAAAAAUGAGAUACGUGUUUCGGGAGGAGUUCUUUGAUAUAUCUAAGCCCCAUAUAGCUGCAGCUCCUGAGGAGCAGCUGUGUCAGGGAUGCCCUGAGGUGAGUCUGACAGAAAUAAACGCCAACAGCAACAGAGAGGAAUGCCAAGAAGGAGUAAAGAGUGACAUUGGAAAUUCUCUUGCCACUGCUAGGAAGAAACGUAAAAGGAAAUGUGCAUUCAACCAAGGUGAACUGGAUGCUUUGGAAUACCAUUCAAAGGUCAGAAAGCUCAUUUGGGAAGGCACUUUGCAUUUAGUCCAAGAGGGACUCAAAAGUGGUUUUCUUCGCCAUACUACUGCAAAACUCAGUUGCAGGAAGGAUAAUGUUCCUCACCACAUUGUCUGUGGGUUGGCUGAAUUAUGUGAAAUGGCAAAGCAGUUUCCAGCUGUGAAUGAAAGUGACCAUCAAGCUGUACGUGUGCUAGAGGAAACCUCCAGUGCAGAUCAGGACCUCCUUUCAUGUGUUAUGGAAAACAGCUCAAACCGUCUGAAGAUAAUUGUGUUAAUGGGGCAGAAAUACUUGGUACCACCAAAAAGCAGUUUCCUCUUAUCUGAUAUUUCAUGUUUACAGCCUCUGCUGAACUACAAGAAAAAAUAUGAUGUAAUUGUGAUUGAUCCACCAUGGGAGAACAAGUCUGUUAAAAGGAGUAACAGGUAUAGCCACUUGUCUUCGUGGCAAAUCAAGCAGAUUCCUGUACCAGCACUAGCUGCUCCAAAUUGUCUUGUAGUCAUGUGGGUGACUAAUAGACAGAAGCACUUACGUUUUGUUAAGGAUGAACUUUAUCCUCACUGGUCAGUGAAAACACUUGCUGAGUGGCACUGGGUAAAAAUUACUACAGCUGGAGAAUUUGUAUUACCUUUGGAUUCUUUGCACAAAAAACCCUAUGAAGUUCUUGUAUUGGGGAGAGUUCAAGGAGAUGUAAAGGAAGCCUUAAGGAAAUCUGAAGGUGUUCUUCCAAUUCCAGAGCAUCAGUUAAUUGUCAGCAUACCCUGCAGUCUGCAUUCACAUAAACCUCCUCUUGCUGCAGUUCUGGCAGAGUUUAUCAAGCCAGAUGCAGAAUGCUUGGAGUUGUUUGCUCGCAACCUACAGCCUGGCUGGACCAGCUGGGGAAAUGAGGUCUUGAAGUUUCAGCACAUUGAUUAUUUUACUCUUCUGCAGAAUGAAAACUGAUCUGGGUCUUAGCUAUCUGUACCUUCUGACAUUCCACAUUUUCCCAGGGGGCUCUUGAACUUAACUUUAUUACUGAUGGUGCACCUAAAGGUAACAGAAAUAAAACCAGUU